ACACACACACACAGAGUGUAAAUGAAGAGGAGAUGAAGAGGUAGACGAGACAGGAGACAAUAAGACACACAGACAGGCUGACGGACACCUUCCUCAUUGAUCAUUGAUCUGAAGACACCAUGCUGGUGGACAUGCAGACAGGUGGCCGGUCACACAUGUCUCCUGUGCUCCUGCUGCUCUGCAUGAUGGCAGCAGUUUGGGGUCAGAGCAGACGGGGGUCAGCAGCAGAGACGUCCCUCUGUCCGUCUCCAUGUCAGUGUGAAGACGAUGGGAUAUACGUCAUGGUGGACUGUUCUGAGUUAGGACUAUCAUCUGUGCCGCUGAACCUGAGUCCACUUACCACGUAUCUGGACCUGAGCAUGAACAACAUCAGCGAGAUCCCGUCCAGAGCCUUCCACCGCCUGCACCUGCUCUCAGAGCUGCGUAUCUCGGGGAAUCAGCUGAGGUACAUCUCGGGUCACACUCUCCAGGGUCUCUACAACCUCAAAGUACUGAUGCUGCAGAACAACCAGCUGGAGAGGCUUCCUGAUGACGUGCUGUGGGACCUGCCCAACCUACUGUCCUUGCGUCUGGACGCUAACCUGCUGUCAGAGGUUCCAGCUGGGACCUUCCGAGGGGUCCGAUCCCUGCGACACCUGUGGCUGGACGACAACUCGCUCACAGAAAUCCCAGUGACGGCCCUGGACUCUCUGCCCUCCCUGCAGGCCAUGACGCUGGCACUCAACCAGAUCACACACAUCCCAGACUCUGCCUUCACCAACCUCUCCGCCCUCGUCGUGCUUCAUCUACAUAACAACCAGAUCCAGAGCAUGGGAGCGAGAUGUUUUGAGGGUCUGCAAAGUCUGGAGACGCUGGAUUUGAACUACAACAAUCUGCAGGAGUUUCCUGUGGCCAUCAGGACACUGAGCAAGCUGCAGGAACUCGGUUUCCAUAACAACAAUAUCAAAGCCAUUCCUGAGCGAGCCUUCGUGGGAAACCCUCUGCUCCAAACCAUUCACUUCUAUGAGAACCCCAUCCAGUAUGUGGGAAAGUCCGCCUUCCAGUUCUUACCGAAGCUGCACACACUUUCUCUUAAUGGAGCAGCUCAGAUUCAAGAGUUUCCCGAUCUGAAAGGAACCACCAGUCUGGAAAUUUUGACGCUGACCCGGGCUGGUCUCUCCGCUCUGCCACGGGAUCUGUGCGAGCAGCUGCCUCGCCUCAGAGUGCUGGAGCUGUCUCACAACCAGAUCGAGGAUCUGCCCAGCUUUUACCACUGCUCUGCUCUGCAGGAGAUAGGGCUUCAACAUAACCAAAUCAGGAGGAUAGAGUCGAGCACGUUCAAGCAGCUGACCUCUCUGCGAGUGCUGGAUCUGAGCUGGAAUAUGAUCGAGUGGAUUCACCCCGACGCCUUUUUCUCUCUUCACUCUCUGGUCAAACUGGACCUGACGGAGAACCGACUCAGCUCAGUCCCCGUCGCAGGUUUGGGGGGCCUCACACAUCUGAAGAUGAAGGGCAACACAGAUUUAUACGAGGCCUUCAGCCCCGAUCACUUCCCACGCAUGAGGGUGAUUGAGAUGCCUUACGCCUAUCAGUGCUGCGUUUACGGCUCGUGCGACAGCUACAGACCGGCUAGUCAGUGGGACACGGAGCAAAGCAACAUCGAUGAGGACCUGCACAAAAGGACUGUGGCUAUGUACCCUAUCCAUGCCGACACACACUAUGACCCUGACCUGGAGGAGUUCCAACUGGAGAUAGAAGAGUCAAAAAUUCAAACCAGUGUCCAGUGCACACCUACACCAGGUCCUUUCCGUCCGUGUGACUCCCUGCUGGGCAGCUGGCUGGUCCGUGUGGGCUUAUGGUCCAUUUCCCUGGUGUCUCUGCUGGGGAACGCCGUGCUGCUCCUGUCCCUCUUCAGUUCACCGGGCUACCUGUCACCGCUCCGCUUCACUGUCGCCUGCAUGGGCGGGUCCAACCUUCUGACAGGUGUGUGCACGUGCACCCUGACCCUUGUGGACACUCUAACUCUGGGGGAGUUCAACCACCAUGGCGCCCGCUGGGAGGGGGGUCCUGGUUGCCAGGCAACAGGAUGGGUGUGGGUGUUUGCAUCCGAGGCGAGUGUAUUGCUGCUGACACUCGCAGCUGUGCAGUGUGGCGUGAGCGUGACUUGUGCUCGAGCUUACGGGAAAUCCCCGUCCCUCGGAAGUGUACGCACAUGUGCGCUUUUCUGCCUCACGCUCUCCCUCACCCUCGCCUCCCUCCCACUAGUGGGAGUUGGGGAGUAUGGGUCAUCACCUUUUUGCCUUCCCUCACCCCUUCCACCACCUUCCUCCCGGCUGCCGUCCUCGCUUGGCUUCCCCUUAGCCCUCAUCAUGAUGAACACGCUGUGCUUGCUUAUAGUCACAGGUUCAUACAUUCGCCUUUACUGGGAGUUACUGCGGGGGGAGUGUGAGGGCCUGUGGGACUGCGCCAUGAUCAAACACGUCGCCUGGCUCAUAUUCACCAAUGGCCUCCUCUAUGUCCCGGUAGCGUUCCUCUCCCUCUGCUCCCUUCUGGGUCUCCUCUCUCUGGGAGAGGAGGUGCUGAAAUCAACCCUUCUGCUUCUCCAGCCUCUGCCCGCCUGCCUCAACCCGCUCCUGUUCCUCCUCUUUACACGAGACCACACCCAGAUCUUCUUCUGGUCUCGCCCCAAAGCUCAUCCACAGCUACGCCGGGACCCCACUCUGGAUUCACUGGUUUCUGUGGAGACGGAGAAAAGUUCCUGCUCCGAUUCGUCAAUGCAGACAUCACUUGCCGAUGUGGACGGCAGUGGGUCCUCUUUCCGACCUCAACUGGACCCAGUCCGAUUUUCCCACUGUUCAUCAUCUUCCACGGUUCCUCUCAUCCCUUGUCAGAUACCCACUCCUGCUAGCAGAGAUAGAGAGCGGCCAAGCCUGGACCAGGACGAAGUUUUAUGGAGUUUGGAUCAAGAUGUGACUCGUAACCGGUACUCGCUGUAUCACUCCGCCAUCCCCCCGGCUCUCACGUCUCAUGCGUGAUCCUCCAAGCUCUGGCUGUUUGAAUCACUGGGACACUUUAGACAUUCAAGGACCAUCAUCGAACAGCAGCAGCUUUGGGUUUUUUGAUCCUCAAACAUCUCAGACUGAGUCCACACAGAAACUGUAGAGUCAAAAGAUCCCUUCACUAUUAAAGACUAUCAAAGGAAACACCUCAAUCCAGCGUGACUGUUAAAUUAAAGGACAGUUUUGGACAUUUCUCAGUGGACUGCGUCAGUCAUGGACACAAGGAAAAAACUUUUAAAAAAAGAGCUUAAUCUAACAAUCAGACAAGUCGAUGUUUUAGUCUGGCGGGAGUUUCGGGUAGAUUCAGUAGAGUUUUACGUGUAAAUGUUCAUACUAAAAUGUGAUAAUGAGGUUACAGAUAUUUUAAAUGGCGUUCUUAUCUUAUUUUUGUUUUGUUGCGGAUAAAAGUUCUAUGCUCUUGCUACGGUCCGUUUCAAAUAAAAGGGAUUAAUCACCAGACACAUCAGGAAAUUCUACCGGAGUAAGCUAAGAUUUGUCGUUUUGCUCACAGAGACGACAUACUUCUCAGACACUGUAAUAAAAAAACGCAACAGGAAAUAUGUUUUUUACGAUGUUUACAUGAUUUACGGUACCUUCAAAUUAGUAUUUGCGACAUUGUGAGUUUUGGCGUUCAUUUUCCAUUGCGCAAUAAAUUAAUAUAUCGAUUUCAGUGAUAGAGAGAUUAUAAUGGAACUACACCAACGUUGGCCACAUGCUAGCUAGAGUUGUCUUUUGCUUACACGAUGGUGUUCUCUUAACUAAAGGCCGUGUUAUACUUCUGUGUGCAUGACGCAAACUGCAUCAUCAACGCACAGCACGUGCAGCUCGGAUUUUAGAACCGCGUGCAACAAGCGUGUUGGGUGCGCGCGGACAGCCUCACCGGCCAUAAAAACAUUUCAUCAACAGAAGCAAUGCAGCAUGCAUGCGGAAGUGUACCACAGGCUUUGGUUUUUCACUGCAGUUCAUAACGUCUCUACCCAUGUCGUAAACACGGGUUCUCGAUCCCAUUUAAAGGCACCGUUUAUCUCACAUUAUGCAACUCUGCCAACAGGAGGCGAGCGGUCGUACAGACUGUAAUGGGAUGUAGCUACCUUUCUACAGACAUUAGUGCUAGUAGGCUAGCAAUGUGUACAUACAAUGUAACUACCUCUGAACUAGCAUGGUAUUGACUCCCUACAUCCUUAUUGGUGUUUUGUCUUUUUUAUAUAAUAAAAGCAAAAAUAUAAUUUCAUGUUAAGAAAUAAAUCCUUAGUUUGUAAAAAAAAACAAUUUGUGUUGCUAUUUAGGAUGUACAUACUUUGUAUACAACUGGUAAGCAUAUGUUUGAAUAAAAUUAUUACCUUCAUACUGUA